AUGUAUCGUCACUACACCUUUCUACACGCCUGCGGUCAUACAGGAAUAGGGCCAAUGAUCCGUACCCAUGCAACCCCAGCAGAGACAUACCAUCUUCCACCAUCAAAUGCCAAUCUCGGCAGCAUCCAACUUCCUCUCUCCUCUCGCUGUCCAUUCUGCGCCGAUAGACAAGCCUACCUGAAUACAGAGCCAGGUUCAGGCGUCCUAACAGUUUUGGUCUCGACAACCAGCAAUCCAUUUCCACACGAAUGGAGGAUCCUACGUGUCUGCAGAGCUGACGAAGUAACUUCCAGCGACUGGGAUAUGGUUCAUGGGCCAGGAGGUUUGUUUCGGCAGAUGGCGUGGAUUCCAAGGCCUUGUGGGCGAGUGCAGGUUAUUGGGGGUGAGCAGAGGAUUCAGAUGCAGGAUAGAAGGGGGUCGGGAGUGAGGAUGGAGGUGAGCUGUACUUGGAGACAGCCUUUGAAAGAGCGAGUCAGGAGUAGAUUGCCUGGGAUGUUCUCGGAGUUGAAUGCUGCUUUGCUAGCUGGUAAUGACGAUAGGAACUGA